CUUUUCUCCUCAUCAAACUACCUUUGAGAGUUGAACUUUUUAACAAAUGAAAAUAUUCUUUCCUUAAUCUCAGUUUACCCUUUCCUUGUUAGUUGCGGCAACACCAGACUUUGGUUUAGCCCAACAAUUAUCCUUUGCUUCAUAAUAUGAACAGUUACCAUAUAAACCCAGAAAUCCCAUCUUCUCUAUUAAAGCUCUGUAUAUCUCAUUUUGCUUAUAUCUAUCUGAAGCCAAAAACUGUACCAGGAGCAUAACAGUCUGCAAACAUGGGUAUUCUUGCAAAAAUUGCUAUGAGUUUCGAUGCACUUAUUGGGCCUGGGCUGAUGCUUCUGUAUCCACUAUAUGCAUCUAUGCGAGCAAUUGAGAGCCCUUCAACACUGGAUGAUCAACAAUGGCUGACAUACUGGAUUCUUUACUCGUUGACAACUCUCCUUGAGCUCUCAUGUUGGAGAGUCCUUCAAUGGCUUCCUUUCUGGCCAUAUGUAAAGCUCUUGUUUUGCAUGUGGUUGGUGCUACCAAUCUUUAAUGGCGCUGCAUACAUCUAUGAGAACUACGUCCGCAAGUAUGUGAAACUUGGGUUGUCGGUUAAUUCCAACUAUCCUCAGGGCCACCGUCAAGUGCUCCAAUUGAUGUCUCUUGAUGCUCGGAAAUCUGUUGAGCGCUACAUUGAGAGAUAUGGGCCUGAUGCAUUUGAGCGCGUUGUCAGAGCAGCUGAAAAAGAGGCAAAAAGGCAAAGCUAAGGAUGUCAAUAAAGAUGGCUUUUUCCAAUAGAUCAGUUAUAUAACGUUCAUUUCAAUACUGUUUGGCAACUCCUGUAACUUUGUAUUAUAGAAAUGUUUUUAUGAAAAAUUCUAACAGAUAUUGUAAAAGCAACAUAUACGAUUCUGAAAAAAGAAUGUAAUUAAAAUUUGGUGAAUGAGGAAGAUGACAUAAACUAUCAUAUGUAGACA